GAUAGACGCGUUGUUGAGCAGCUUGAGUCGAGCUGAUGAGGCACAAUUAGAGGUUUUAGAAAACCUGCAUUUCAAAUCUGAGAGCCAAAUGAGAGAUUGCGAAGAGUCAAUGCCCCAGAUUCGCGCGGAGUCUAUUCCUGGACGUGCAGAUCGGAAAACAGACAAGACAUGGCAUCAGAUAGAAGAAGAAUGUUUGGUGAUUUUUUCGCGAGUUUUCAGUGCGGAAGUCACUCGGUGGAUGAUGUUAGACGAUAGAAAGAGAAAGUUAUGGAAUGAACUGGUCCAGGCUGAGAACCGGUUCGAGGAUAAGAGAUCGGAGUUGUUGAAGAGGUUUGAGAAUCGAAGCAAGAGUUUGUCGGACCUCAAAAAACGGUUAGAAUUCGUACAGAAGCGAUAUGUUGUUUUGCAAACAAUCACUCAAAACAUAAUUUUUGCAAAACAAGUUGAUUGGUUUAAGGAUAAACAGACGCUAUCUCUUUUGCGUUGGAUGGACUCGAACGCAUUUCUUGCCCAAGAGUUCGACGAGAGCGAUUGAAAGGCACGUAAAAAAAAUGGUUUAUAGAAUUUUUUUUUAUUGAACCUACAUUCAGACAGAGCGCUGGGGUAUCAGAGCUCGUCCUCAUAUGUUUAGGUUUGCCCUGUUUUGCUUGGCAUUGGAGUACCUGAAGGCAGCUUCCUGGGACUACAAUGAAGGGCCUUCAAAAUUUUAUCUAUAGGACAAACAGGCUCGCUUGUAUCGGGGGCCGCUUGAGUGUUCUUCACCUCUAUAUGAGGAGGCAUUGGUUCUCCGCCAGAAUCGGUGGUGCCUUGGUCAUUAGAAGCGAGAAUAAGCAAAGACCCGGGUUGUUCCAGCAUGGAAAUUUCUUGGACAGACGAAUAUCUACAGUUUUGAAACAUUUCUAGCAGCCUUGCGGGAUAGUUAGGGAGGGUGUUUUCAGGGUUUUGGCAUUGCAAGAGAUAACAUCCUUUAUUUCUUAUUUGGAAUGCUUCUUGAGAUGGGCCGAUAGUUUCGGGGAAGUCGAUCAUAUAGUAGAAGAUGGUACUUUUUUUGGACUUAGAUGCGAUGACAUAGGAUCCGCGUGCGAUUAAUUGACCAGAUUGAGGGGUAUUCGGCGCCUGGUUGGGGGCGGUCUGGCGAGAAGGUGGCUGUUGGCCGGGAUCCGAAGGUUGUGAAUCUGAAUUCGAAGGUUGUGAAUCUGGAUUCGAAGAUUGUUUCGCAUUGGUGUCGGAUGGCGCUGCGCUUGUCUGUAGAAAUUUCAAAAGAUCGGACAUGUCAUUCGAGACCGUGUCGACAAGGCAGUAGUACCUGGAUGUUGUUUCAGGUGCCGGUAGACUAUUUUUUGGAACCCUCCAGAGUUUAUGGUUUUGUUCCUUGUCAGACGGACACAACAGCAUAUAAAAGGCUUCUACACUUUUAGGGAGAGUCUGAUCUCGCGUGUCGUUCGGACGACAGAAAAAGUAGACGUAGCCGAGUUCCUGCAGAGAAUAGGGCGCUGUACUUUCUUUCUCUGGAGCAGACAACUCGGGCUUGCCUUCAUUCUGGCCCUCUUUAGACACAAUAGGCGCAAAAUCCUUGUCAGUAUAUGAAUAGGUGUCUUCUUCAAUUUGAACAGCAUCAGUCCUUCUGGAAGAGCGAGGAGGCACGCUGGCCUCUUCAGUCACGCCAUCAUUCGUUUCGGCUGCGUCAUUAGGAAUUCGGCUUUUGGGCUUUUUGGACCCUUCAACUUGCGUGCUUGAAGCACGCUUCCUUUGGUUCGGAGCGCUUGACAUGAUACACGCGUAAAAAAUUGACUAAUUUGAAUCCGACCUCGAGAAAGAAAAAAGCCUUAGGUUGACGGAAUUCCAGAGAUUUUAGUGAAAAACCGAGAACACGGCCAAAAAACGGAGAAGACACGAGAAAAUAUGAAAAAAAAAGCCUUUCGCAAAAAGCAAUCAUAUUUCAGAAAUGCACGGGACUCUCGAAGAGCCAUUCUAUUUAUAAUGUAAACAUAUAGUGUGAACAGACAAACCGACGAAGAAAAAUAACCGAAUUUUGAAGAAAUUAUUCAAAAGUGCUCUACAGAAAAAAAAGGAAGCCGUUUUAAAAAAACAGCGAAAAUAUAUCGUCAACACGGGAAAAAAGAGGAUAGAAGAGAAAUUGUGCAAAAAAAUAGACUAAUUCAUACUACACUAUUAUACCGCCUCGCCCCGCCCGUAACAUCCAUGGGAUCGAUGUAAUUUUUUCUGAGCCCUUGAUACAGCGUUUUGAUAAUCGUAGAGAUAGAGCAUGGAUCUGCGGGUUUUUCGAACCGCUAUAGCAAAAUUUUUUUAAUCUGUUUUACAAAAUGGUUUAAUCAUUCUGUACGGAUCCUGUUUUAGCUUAUGUACAUAAGCUACCUGAACAUUCACAGUCGGCUAUAGCUCAUGUCUGGUAAAUCCUUCAAGUCAAUCAAGUCUAAACUGAAGCUUAAUACUCGUAAGCUGUCAGAAGAAUAUGAAAUUAUAGAGACGUUAGGUCAAGGGUCCUAUGGCGCAGUUUCUCUCGCGCGUCACAAAAAAAAGCAGUCGCUACACGCCAUCAAGCAAAUUCCUAUCAAUGAUAAUCUAAAAGAGCUUCUAAAGGAAAUUGAGUACAUGAUGGAUUGCAAGUCCGAGCAUGUUGUACGAUUCGACGACUGCUACUUGCUAGAAGAGAACGUGUUAUGCAUCGUUAUGGAAUACUGUAGAGCUGGAUCGGUUUCAGAUCUUCUGCGUUUGAAUCAAACCACUCUAACUGAAAAACAAAUCGUAUACGUCGUUCGAGACAUCUUGGAUGGGUUGGCUGCACUACACUCUAAAAACAGGAUCCACAGAGAUAUCAAAGCUGAAAAUAUCCUAGUUACCCAUGAAGGUGUCUCUAAGUUAGGUGACUUCGGCGUCUCUGGUACUCUUUCCAAAGACAAUGACGCUCGCCAUACAGUCAUCGGAACUCCCUUUUGGAUGGCCCCAGAAGUCAUCCAAGAAAUCGGGUAUAACUGUAAAGCCGAUAUUUGGUCACUGGGUAUUACAAUCAUAGAAAUGGCAGAAGGAUAUCCACCUCUAUCUGAUGUGCAUCCACUACGCGCCAUCUUCAUGAUCCCUUCCCAGCCUCCACCCUCACUCAAAAAGAAACUCAAAUGGAGCCCAGAAAUGAAUGAAUUCCUCGAAAACUGUUUGAAGAAAGAACAAGAAUCCCGGUUUAGUACCUUUCAAUGCCUAGAGCAUCCUUGGCUAAAAAUGUACACCUUCGACUCGAAUCCGCUAAUCGAGUUGAUUGCUAACGUCGAUGAACUGAUCAAGCAGUACGGUGGAAAAGAAAAGGCGUUAUCCGCCAUCUACAAUGACAGUAAUGAGUCAUCUACUUCUUCCCUCAGUAACGCACAAUCCAUGUCUUCCACCAGGGAUACCCAGGACAUCAACACCAUGGUUGUUAUAGACGGUGACGAUGAAAAAAGGAAUUCUACGUCCUUCCUGAACUUUGACACUUACAAAAAACUGCCCGCACCCUCUAUAAAAAGGCAAUACGUCAAAUCGCCUGACAGCCAAUCUACUCAAACCGAAACACUGUCCAGAUCCUCAAGUCCUAUCCCGACCCAGGAUGGCACGAAAGAGGACGGAGGUUUCAAGCUGAAAGGCUCAGGUAGUAAGACAGAGAAAGUGGAGAUGAAAACCGACAAAACCAAAAAGGACCACCCGGACAUCAAAACAUCCGAGAAAGUCUCUCCCUCAAAAGACGAUGGUAAAAAAAAAAAAAAAAAAAAAAAUUUUUCAUAUCUGGAAGAAAAUUUGGCACUGAGACGAAAGUUAUACCUAGAUCAACUCAACUUCGCGUAUCCAGUAAUAGCAGUUCACUUGUAUUGCACCUCGGUAUCACCGCUUCUUUCACCUCUGCUAGGAUUUGCCGUAAUAAAAUAUUAUCCCUUUAUGAACGUAUCCAUACAAUUGUUUCACUCAUAUACUUAGUUUUCGAGUAGCCUUGAACCUGUAUGGCUGCCAGUUACGCCUUCUCUCUAACACUUAGUACGGAAAGAUGGGAUUUAGUACGCGAUAUGUUGCAUGUGA